CCAAUAUGGCGCUGCCCAUGGCAAAGAAGUCCAAUUCCAUGUCGCAUCGUCAUGAUUGAGUAAUUCACUGAGCCAUAGCCGGAAUCAGACAUGCCAGAAACUUACCCCUGUUUAUUUUAAUAAAGACAAAAAUAUGUGUUUAAUCAUUGGGAUGACAGGAGUUGGAAAAACUCUGCUGCUGAAACGUCUUCAGAAUUACUCCAGUAAAGGUUCAUUUACAUCAGAAUCUGAAGACAAUCCAUCAACAAUUCCUACAGUUGGUACCAAUUUGGUAAAUGUGAAUGUCAGCAAGCGAAAUGAGGUGACGAUAAGGGAACUAGGUGGAGCCAUGGCACCAAUCUGGUAUAAUUACUUCUCUGAUUGCUCUGCCUUGAUGUUUGUCAUUGAUGCCUCCAAUCCCUGUCAAGUGUCUGCAUCUUGCAUCCAGCUUCUGACCACACUGCAGUCAGAGAAGAUGCAGAAAGUCAACGUCCUCAUCCUUCUUAAUAAAGUAGACCUUCAGUUGACAGUGCCCCUUGGUGAGUUGAGAUACCUGUUGAGACUGGAUGACCUUAUUAAUACAGCCCCACAGCCGAUCACCGUGCUCGAAAUCAGUGCCAAGGAUGGACAGGGACUCAGCGAUGUCAUCAAGUGGCUGGCAGCGAACAGCAAAGGAGGGCGAUGAUGGACCAAUUGUCACAGUAGGCCUAUUUGUCAUAAGAAGCUUCUCUUGUUCUGAGGAAUUGCGUCGCUGCAGAGUUUGUGUAUGGUUGUGGUCACUAGAUAGUUUUGAUUUGUACACCUUGUGUGUGUGAAGCUGCAAAAAACAGGUCCACACAAUGUAGGGUUUGAAAGCCAACUGUGGACUUUCAGAGGUCCAGAUGUUUGCCCCUCUCUCAAGGACAAUUUUAGAGGAGUUUGGGAUCAGAGUUACCCACUUCAAAAUGAUGAGGAACAGCCAGAGAAAUCAGGAAGUGUCUGUAAAGAAUGGGUGUGCUUUGUGUGUAUGUGUCUGAUUAUAAUUUGUGCAAUAUACUUUUUAUUGUGUCACAUUUGUUUUGAAUUAUUCCACAGGGAAAAAUUAUUCAUGCUUUACAACAUGCAUAUUGUGUAGUUUAAGUAUUUUUUUAUGUUUGCUGUGUAAUGCUGUACAUUCCCCCUAUGUGUGCAUCUGUAUACAUGGAUGUACGUUGUGAUUUGCAAUGUGAAGUAUUUGUCUGAAUUGAACAAUUUGUCCAUUUUGAUUUGGUCCUCAUGUUUAAUUUGGAGGAAUUCUUAGUUUAUCCUAAGUGACAUUGCUACUCCAAUUCCUGUACGGCCAAUCUACCUUCCUACAGAGCUUUGUAGAUGGCUUAAUGCACUUGUACUGUACAUUUACUUGCAAAAACGUGACAUAUUGCUGAAGGAAGAUUAAACUUCAUGAUGAUGCUUGAUCAGGAUAAAAUACAAAGAAUUAACAUGUAUUAAUAAAUCAGGCAUGUGAGUGGUACUAAUGAAAAGUGGAAAACCAUGAAAUCAGGAUUUCAUGGUUUUCCGUCUGGGCAUAUCCACAUCGAAACCGAGGCUCUCUGUGUUGAACUUUGUCUCAUGCACCAGCGGAGUCCACACAUUACAUACAGUAUCCGGUUCAUAAGUGUGACGCCACUUCAGUUUAAACCACGCCCACUGCACAAGAUACACGACCAU